UAUAUGGUUUUGACGCUCAUGCUACUCUGUGGCGUAUCCAGAAGACACUGCAAUUGGGUCUUGGACAUUAUUCGUUUCGCCUUCGACCUCCUGCAAGCCAAGCUAGGCCUUGUCACCCAGAUUCCCAAUGACAUACGCACCUUGCUUCGCCGUUUCGAUCUCGACCCCGAAGUCAAGGCGUACAUAUGCUGCCCCGAAUGCUUUUGUCUCUACCCAGACAAUAAGAAGUGUCCGGAUCGCUGCACACAUAAGGCUUACGAGGAUGCGCCUUUGUGCCACGCGGAGCUAUUCGAGACUAGAGCGCUCAAG